GAAACUUGUCAGAACUUAACAUUCAGCCAGCUGGCAAACUCUCCGGAAAUGGAUAAGUACGUGGCAUUCACGGUCAUCACCUUGUUCUGGCUGCUAUUCGCCAUCAUUGGCUUCCUGGUGUCCUACCGAUACGAGGAGCGUGGUCUCAUCCGGAGCUGUGUGAUCCUCACGGUAGUGUGCUGCUACUUGGCCUGGAUGGUCACCUUCGUGAUGCAGUUGAAUCCACUGAGCGGACCGCGAGCCAAACAGAAGAUUAUCCUCGGCAUGAUAAGCUACUGGCCCAAUUCCCUUAUCCAUGAUCAAAAGGACCCGUAGAAACGCAGCAGAUUAUAUAUUUUUUAAUGCAAGCCUAAGUGUUCUAAAUGUUAAUUUUGGAAAGCAAAUCCUUUGAACACUAUCUUCUUGAAAAUAUUUGCUAAACUUGCUGUAUCCCCUUCGCAAAUUUUGUUCCAAUUUAUUCAAGGCCAAUGAAUUAUCAAACUAUCCUAAAUCGAAAAGGCCGCCGGCUUUUAUAAAAAGCA